AUGGCCGACCUGAUGAGCAGUGGGAAGCUAGGCCGGAGGCCAGGGCAGGGAAAAGUAGACCUUCUGCUGGUUGGAGAUGCCACAAGAUACUUCCUGACUGGCUCCAUACAGAAAUUCUUUUCCAGCACGGCACACUUCACCCUGACCGUUAGUGAUGUGAAGAAGGUAGCUGCGCUUUUGGCUGCAAACUCAUUCGACAUCAUCUUCUUGAAGGUGACUUCCACCUUAACCUCGGAGGAGCUGGAGGCCGUCAAGUCCAUAAGAUCUGGCAAGAAGAAAAACACCCGAUUGCUGUUUGUUUUUAUAAAACCUGAAAAAUUUAAAGGCUGUAUUUCAGACUAUGGAGUGGAUAUUAUUUUCCCUGAGCCACUGACCUUGGGCAAAAUGUGCACAGUGAUAAAGUACUGGAAAACAUAUUUUACAGAUGUGAAAGGCACUGAGAGGCUUCCAGAAUUUGGACUACACCUCAAACUUCCAGCAAAUGUGGAAAGUGCUGAGAGGCUUCCAGAACAUAGACUGCACCUCCAGACUUCCUGCAGUGAACUUGGGGAACACUUUUCUACUGAUCUGUUUCUUCGCUCUGGGCAGCUAAAAAAUGACAGAGAACUUGUAUUAAAGGCCCCACUGCCAGGUCCCGAGAGAAACAGAAAGACUUCUUUUCUUCACUCGAGCAAAGAGAAGCUGAGGAGAGAGCGCAUCAAGUUUUGCUGUGAGCAGCUGCGUACUCUCCUGCCAUACGUCAAGGGGAGGAAGAGCGAUGUGGCUUCAGUUAUUGAAGCGACCGUUGAUUAUAUGAAGUAUGUCCGGGAGAAUAUCUCUCCAGCCAUCAUGGCCCAGAUUACAGAAUCCCUCCAGAGCAAUAAAAGGUUCUCGAAGAGACAAGUGCCCAUUGAGCUGUUCGUUCCACGUGCAGCCACAUCACAGAGGGACAGUGGUGUGCUGACAAGCGCUUACUCAUCGGUGCGGGAGAUCCAGCUCCUGGCUGACCAGUGCCUGACUGUGUAUUCCAGGCCUGCUGAGGAAGGGCCCUUGGAGGAAGCUGUAAGAGGCCAGUUAAGCUCUGUUUCCGAGAGCUCUAUUGAGGAUCUUUAUGACACUCGAGUCCCCAGUGCAGCGCUCUCUCUUAAUUCCUGCCAUGCUGUCACAUACUGUCCUGGGGCUGUCCCUCCCCACGAUUCAGCUGCCAGAACAAAUCAGAACAUUUCCAUUUAUUUACCGUCCACUGUGCCCAGUGUCUCCGACUUCCUUCCUCAGCACUGCAGUUCCAUGCUUUGCCAAACACGCUCAGCCAGCCCCAGUUGUUUGUGCACUCCAGGCCAGGAGCCUCCAGCCGGUUCACUCACUACCUCAUCCAGCAUCUUCCGUGGGUUCCAAGACUCAGACUCAGAUCUUCAGGCUUCUCAGCAGCCGCUUGGGCCUGCUGAGUCAUUUCCCCAGCCUCAAGAAAACGAUUACUUUUAA